AUGAAAGGCUGUAUCACCUGCAGAGAGCGCCAUAUUAAAUGCAAUAAACAGUUGCCCACGUGUUUCCAGUGCCGAAGAUCAAAACGGGAGUGUGUCCCAGCAUCGCGGGUACCACUGCGCAUUUCGUUCAACCGUGGGCAGAAAUCGUCCCGCUUAUCGAAUGGCCCGUCGGGCGAUGGAAGGAAAGACUUCCUCUUCAACACAAAUCAAGUGUGGAUUGCCGUACCUGACCACGUCACCUUUCGAGAUGUGACAGACGAUGUUGCUUCCUCAUAUCGGGAAGUUGUAAAGGAGACAACGCCAUCCGCAGCAUCAUAUGGCCAUAUCAGCAUACUCGAAGGAAACACAGGAUCACCGGUGAUGGAAAUCGAACCAGACUACCUUGUUGAGCCCCGAGACCUGCUGGGCCAGUCUGCAACAGGCUUACCGAGCCCCUUGGACGCAUCAGCCUACUCAAUCAGACAAGCUUCGAUCGCGAGCUUCAGCGCUUUGUCGCCUGCUGGCAGUACUCCCAACUCGCAGAGAGAUAGUCGGUCUCAGCCCCUUACGGACCUGGAAGAAGCGCGUCUGUUUCGCCACUUUGGGAGUGUCAUAGCACACUGGCUUGACGCAUGCGAUAAUGAAAGACACUUUGCUACAGAUGUCGUGUCGCGAGCAUCCUCCUCGCCCCUCUUACUCUACGCUUGUUUGUCAAUCUCAGCACUUCAUCUAGCACGCACUGCGCAUACGUUCACAGAGGAGUUGGCAGAAUCCUAUCAUGAGCGGUGUGUCGCUAUUCUAAUUCCUAUGCUCAACCCUCUCGACCACCGUCAGGACCUUGACAUAAUACUUGCCUCAACAGUCAUCCUCCGUUUGUUCGAGCAGAUGUGCUGUAAGAAACCCUCCGACGACUUCCAACGCCAUCUUCGCGGAAGUUCAGCCUUUGUUAAUAGUUGGGUUGACUGCGCCAUUUCCGGCAACCUGACAGAAGCAUCUUUCUGGGUCUUUGUAGGCCAGGAUAUCCAAUACUCACUAUGCGACCAGAGCCCUCUCAGGAUCAACUUCCAUUUUUUCAACGACAAGCUCCAGCAGGUCUGGCAAGCCGAAAGUUCACCACCAGAGCGGAGUUGGGCUCGUAGAGCCAUAUGGCUUCUUGCAGAAAUCGUUCAAUACUGCUAUUCGGAUAACAAGAAGAGUGCAGAAGAACACGAGUCAUUGCGGGUUCGGCUCGAGGACUGGGAGAAUAUGAAACCGGACAGCUUUUCGCCAUUGUUCCAUGCGGAAGCGGAUCCGGUAGGGGGAUCACCGUUUCCGACAAUCUUGUAUACACACUCCUGGCAUGCCAAAGAUGUGGAUCCCAUGCUGAAGCGAAGCCAGGCACAAUUCGAUCACUAUGCAAGCAUCUUAUUUGGUGCAGCGCUUUCUUCGAAUGAAGCACAUGUUCGCUUUACCGCAUGCCACGCUCUUUGCGCAAGUGGUCCUUUGAUCAAAGACCCGCACUGUCAGAUGGCGCUCUUGAGACUCAUCCGCGAAACGGAAGAAGAGCAUGGCUGGCCGUGGACAUAUAUCAUAGGAGAGUUGACGGAUGAUUGGGGAUUGAUGCCCAUCUUCUUCCUCAAGGUGUUGAAGUCCUGUGUCCCAAACCGCCUGCUCAUCUCCUGGCCAGCCCACACAGUCACAGCACUGAUCCACGGCAAACAAGUCUUAUUGCCCUCACCCUUCCACCUGCCGCCGAACCCCUUAUCCGCCGCAAAUAUUGGCAUAGCCCCAGCGGGGUCCAACAUUCUCAUUGCAUGCCAUGAGCGCCAACUCGGCAAUGUCGAGGAAGAGAACAUCGCCGGGGUGUCGCAACCAGCCCAACCGGUCGUGCGAAACUUCAAUCUUGCCAAGGUCGAGUUCUUAUCCAAGGGAACGUCCCACAGCAAGAUCCACGUGGCGCUCAACUUCGCGGCACGGACGGCACCCUCAAGAAAAUAUGCGCCGCCGACGGACUUGUAUAACGCCAAUGGAGUCAUGAAUGCCGCCGUUGUGCCGCACCUUGUCGACGAAGUGCUCGCGAACGAAGUGGCCGGCACGGAUGGCUGCGCGGAGGUAGAUUCCAUGGGUGCCGGCGAGAGCAUCGAUGAUGGGUUUGCGAUGCUCAUAGAGCGGGCCCAUCAGGCGCUGCAGGUCGGACGUGUUCUGCGCGUAGGCGAGUGGGAGAAGCAGGCCUGUCCACCAGGAGUCGUGGCGUUGGAGGUCCAUGUUGUAAAGGCCGUGAGUGAAGCCGAAGGGAGACUGGGAGGCGAUGCGGACGUAGAAGUCAAUGACCUUGAGGGCCUUUUCGUAGCCUUCGGUUCCCGGUUGGGAUCCUUGCAGCAGAUUUGA